AUGACAACUCUUCCCCCAACAAGAGGAAAGCCCAUAAUGUUGGGACCAAACAACAACGCUUGGUGUGCCUAUCACAGGGCUAAGGGACAUGAUACAGAGAAGUGUUUCAGGUUAAGGGAUCUCAUCGAAGAAUUGAUUAGGAGCGGUCACCUGCUAAAAUUCAUCGACGACGCCGCCCAAGGACGAGUCGUCGUGCCCAAGGUCCAGAGACAGGACUCCAAAGAACCGCCAGGGCGUGACGAGGGCCAAACAAGGAUGAGAAUCGCAGUAAAUACUAUUGCAGGCGGAUUCUCGGGAGGGGGCGUCUCCAACAACGCUAGGAAGAGGUACGCUAGAAGCGUAACUCAUGAAAUCUAUCUGGUGUGGAAUACAUCCUCUUCGCCAGUACCAGACAUAUCAUUCACAGCUAAGGAUGGUCAAGGAGUAUUCCCACACGAUGAUGAUCCUUUGGUCAUUCAAGUGCAAAUUCUGAAUUGUGAUGUGAAAAGGGUCUUGAUCGAUUCUGGCAGUUCGGCGGAUGUUAUGUAUUGGGAAGCUUUCAAAGUAAUGCAGUUGACUGAGGAGCAGUUACAGCCGUACGAGGGAACCUUAGUGGGAUUUUCAGGGGAGCAGGUAGAAGUUAUGGGAUAUAUAACACUCCUAACAACUUUUGGAGAAGAAGAAAACGCCAAAACAAUUAAGGUACGAUAUUUAGCUGUUAAGACGCCAUUCACAUCUUACAAUAUCAUCAUUAGAAGGUCUACCUUCAACGCUUUAGGCGCGGUCCUUUCCACCUUAUACUUGUCAAUGAAAUAUCCUCUGGACAAUGGUGGCGUGGGAACCAUCAAGGGAGAUCAACUCCUGGCAAGACGAUGCCAUGAAUCGAGAUUGAAGAUUCAGCACAAGAUACCUAGUGAAAACGCGGGUUAUCGAUCAGGAUCUCCCGCAAUCCAAGAGGGAAUAAACUUGGUGGAUUCCGAAGAUAUGGAUCCCAGAGAAGAGUUCCAGGAUAGGCGUGUCAGUCCAAUAGAGGAGUUGGAGCAAAUACAGAUUGGUGUGGAACCUCAUCAAACCACAAAUUUGGGAAGGGAGCUGCUCCAACGGACAAAGCGGGAAUCGUGA